AUAAUUUCAAUUCAAUUCAAUUCUGUAUAUGCGUGUGCGAUGGCGAGUGCGAAAUCGUCCCGUUUCGCGAGCAGCAAGCAGUGCGGCGUGGGAAGCUCCAUCGCGGCGGCAUUGUUCAUCUCCCCCAACAAGCCUCAAUCAACUACUCAACCAGGAAUGCGAUUCCUCAACAUCGAGGUGCUCGACGACACUGCGCUCAUCGACACCUCCCUCUUCUCCCAACAAUCCAACAAAGCUACUCGCCCUCGAAAGGAUUGGAAGAUCAAGAACAUCAAGAAAGGGAAUAACUCCUAUUCCUAUUCCUAUUCCUAUUCCUAUUCCAGGGCGGAGAUGCUCGCUCUCAAUCUCCACCACCCUCACUCUACCAAGUGGGCCCAGGUUUACCGCGCCCUCCCCGCCGAGUACGACCAGCUCCUCGCCUUCUCUCCUCGCCCCAUCUUCACCAACGAUGGCCGUGGUGCGACUGCAAUCCGGAAAAGAAGAAGCCCUCUCAAGAUCUCUGUGCAUUGAAUGUUUUAGCUUCUUUGAAAUUGCAUGUUAUCAUUGUUUUCAAAUUUAGACCAUUUUGACUGUCAGUGUUGAUAGCCUAUAUGCAAUAGUAAUACAUUUCUGUUCCA